CUUCAAUCGCUAGUAUGUGAUGUUGACGUGACGCAACAGCUAUCAGCUGGUUUUGUUUUGCUUCAUUCCCUAUGCUCCGCUUGAAGUCGUAAAUGUACAAAAACUUGCGUUUUAAUCCAUUAAUGUGAGGCAGAAGAAUAGCUGAAGCGUUGGAGUAUAUGUGUCUUCCACUUUACUCGGACCUUCCCAUUUUUCUUCAGUAGGUCUCCGCUUUGCCACUAUCUUUCCAAGAGGUCCAACCGAUAUCCCAGGCCUCCGAUCCAGGGCGGAGGGAGGGAAGGAGGUCGUUGGGAAUCGGGAUGGAGACCGGGGAGGGAGCCGACGGUCCUGGCGGGCCGGGGCCGUGCUGCGUCUCCUUCAACCAAGACUCCACGUCUUUGGCUGUGGGCACCAAAACUGGAUACAAACUUUUCUCCGUGACCUCUGUGGACAAACUGGACUGCAUUCAUGAGAGUACAGAAACUCCAGACGUGUAUAUCGUGGAAAGGCUUUUCUCCAGCAGCCUGGUUGUGGUGGUGAGUCAGUCCAUGCCACGUCGCAUGAAUGUCUACCACUUCAAAAAGGGCACAGAGAUUUGCAACUACAGCUACUCGAACAACAUUCUUGCAGUGCGUCUCAACAGACAGAGACUGGUUGUCUGUCUGGAAGAAUCCAUCUAUAUCCACAAUAUAAAAGACAUGAAACUCCUGAAAACCCUUCUCAACACACCAUCCAACCCAUCAGGUCUCUGUGCUCUCUCCAUCAACCAUUCCAACUCUUUCCUGGCAUAUCCAGGCAGUGACACCAUCGGAGAAAUUAUUGUCUAUGAUGCCAACAAUCUGAGCACUGUGACCAUGAUUCCAGCUCAUGACAGUCCAUUGGCCGCCAUCACCUUCAGUGCCUCCGGCACUAGACUGGCCAGUGCUUCUGAAAGGGGCACGGUGAUUCGAGUCUUCUCCAUUCCAGAGGGACUGCGCUUGUUUGAGUUCCGGCGGGGGAUGAAAAGGUAUGUCAACAUCAGCUCCCUUUCCUUCAGCCCGGAUGCUCAGUUCCUCUGUGCCUCAAGCAAUACAGAGACAGUGCACAUUUUCAAGCUUGAACAGCACAGCCCAAGUGGGGAGGAGGAAGCUCCCUCUUGGUCAACAUAUGUAGGUAAGAUGUUCACAGCAGCCAGUAGCUACCUCCCAGCACAGGUGUCAGGCAUGAUGAGUCAAGACCGAGCCUUCGCUACCGUCCGUCUCCAGAUGAUCGGUCAGAAGAAUGUCUGUGCCCUGGCAACAAUCCAGAAGCUUCCACGUUUGCUUGUGGCCUCCUCUGAUGGGCAGCUAUUCAUCUAUAACAUUGACCCUCAAGAUGGGGGUGAGUGCACUCUGGUGCAGAAGCACAGGCUGUUUGGAUCAGAUAAAGAGUGGGAGGAGACAGAGAAAUCUGAACUCAUGGAGCCACCACAAGCAUGCCAGUCAUAUGCUGCCACCGUGGCCAUCCCCACCUCUGGACCCGUUACAGCCACUCUCACAGGGUACUCAGAGGAUGGGGGAGCUAAGAAGGGCGAGGUGAUUCCCGAGCACGAGUUCGCAGCAGGGCCGGUGUGCCUGGACGACGAAACGGAAUUUCCUCCCGUGAGCAUUCGCUAACCACUCCAAGUCAAAGCGCCGGUGUUGUACUCCAGUGUAUGGGGUUGUCUUGUCCCUCUGUCCACAAGCAUUCAAACUAAGUGUGAUUUAUUAUUUUUAACCAAACCAACACCAGCCUGUUCAAGUCUGAUGAUAGAAAGCAGUUCAUAAUAUUGCAUUUUAGCAGGACCAAAUGUUGCUGUUUAUUUACAUCACAAGCUGAAUGUGUUGUUUCUUACACAACAUUAUUGACAAAUAUCACUCCAGACAUUACUUCUUUGAAAUAUGAAAUCAUUUAGUAUUUAUUUCAGUGGUAUUACUCUGUAUUUAGACUGAAAUAAUACUACAUUAAUGUUAGUAUUUAGCCUGAAAAAAUGAUGUUAAGUUUAGGGUGAAUACAGACAAAGUGAGACACUUAAAAGUACACUAUGUAACUUUUGGCCCUCUAGUGGUUAAAAACAGAAACGCAUGCAUUUUGCGGAAGAACAUUUACGUUUUAGUUGUGCUUCGGCCCUGCAUGACUGUGCAGAUGAAUAUGGUUAUCCUUCUGCUAAUAAAACAUUUGAGACUGUCCUCCUCCAAAAAAACGACCCUAUAGGUCGUUUUUUCAAGCACCUUAUUACGACCUGUAUUUAUGUUUUAAAGUCAUGCGACUUCUAGCGGCCGUAAAAAUAAUGACAGUGUCGUGUUACGUCAGUCGCCAUGAAAUGACGUAUGACCGUCAUUACCAAUCAAAAUGAUUGCAUUUUGUAAUGCUCUACCAAUUGAACUACUCAAAACCCAAAAUAUGACGCAGGUAAAAGGGUACAAUGCAUUAAAAUGAAAGUGUCCUGUUGUCGAUAGGGGCGCAACUUUAGUAAACGUUCCUAUGGGUCGUAUUUCAGGAAAGUGUCAAAUGACCUAUAUGGGCAUAUUGGUUGGAGGACAUGUUGAAACAUUUACUACUAGUCUUAAGAGAUAUAACCAGUUUAGAUGCAAAUGAUGUUAGAGAGCUACAUAUGGCAAUUUAUCUGUUCAAUAAAGUAACUUACUCACCUGUUGAGUAAUAAAACACCAUCUCUGCGUUGCUUUUACAACGUUUCACAUCCCUCAGUUCUUGCCAUCUUCGAAAUAGUCAAGCCAAUGUUGAUUCUUGUUUUAUUACGAGCUCUGUCACAAUCACUUUUUACUAUUAGACUCUCCUCUUUUCGAUGUUUUUUUAAAAGCAGGUGAUUCCCCUGAGGUUCGAGGUUAAGCUGCUCCGUGUCAACUUUACUCUCUCACUGUGACAACUAACCUUUAACACUCCCACACCAUACACACGACAAAGUAGCUGGAGCAACUUUUCUCUGUUUACGAAUAUGACCGUCCUGUCAGGUCUAAAAUAUAAACACUUAUAAUAGGCUUACCAUAGUGAAUCAGGGUAAGACAAAAACACAUUUUGGAAGAAGGAUUGAUGAUGUAUUGACUCAUUUAAAUUAAAAGUUACAUAGUGCACCUUUAAGCAUAAUCAUUAUUACAAAAAAAUAGCAUUUAGUUCAUAUAAAUAGUACGUCAUGACUCAUGAAAUACCAUUCAAAUGUUUGGGGUCAGUAAGAUUUUUUGUUUUUGAAAGAAAUUAAUACUUAUAUUCAGCAAGGAUGCGUUAAAUUAAUUAAAAGUGACAGUAAAUCCAUUUAUAAUGUUAUAAAAGAUUUCUGUUUUAAAUAAAUGCUGUUCUUAUUAACUUUCUAUUUGUCAAAAAAUCCUGGAAAAUGUAUCAUGGUUUCUAUAAAAAUAUUAACUAUUUUCAGCAUUGAUCUUGAGCAUCAAAUCAUCAUAUUAUUAUGAUUUCUGAAGGAUCAUGUGACACUGAAGACCGGAGUAAUGACUGGGUAAAAUUCAACUUUGCAUCACAGAAAUAAAUUACACUAUAAAAUAUAAUCAAAUAGAAAAGUUAUUUUAAAUUGUAAUAAUAUUUUACAAUAGCACUGUUUACUGUAUUUUUGAUCAAAUAAAUACAACCUUGGUGAGCAGUACAAACUUCCUUUAAAAACAUUUUAAAAAUCUUACCGACUCAAAACUUUUGAAUGGUGGUGUACAUGUAGCAAAUCAAAUCCUAAUUUUAAAAACAAAGGCAGUGACAAAUCAUCCAAAAGUGUUUCACUUUAUAUGUAUUCAUCUUAGGUGUUGAAAAACAUUUUCUGACACUAAACCAGCUGUUGCUGUUUUAGCCUAACGAUGUUUUUGAUCUUGUAUACAUGGACGUGAGCAGAAGUUAGUUGACUGAUUCGUUUGUUUGUGCACAGACAGGACAAAGAUAUGAAUGCAUUGAAAGUUAUUUGUCUCUCUCAUUCUGUUUUGAUGCUGGGUUCAUUCAUCACCAUUGCUACAUUAGAUAACUGUAACUAUGAAAACUCUUUUUCUAUUUCAGUCUAAAUGUCAUGAUGUCAAACACAUUUCUGACUAUGCACACACACACACACACACACACACACACACACACAACAUACAGGAGUAUUUCAUUUUAAACACACUACACCUUAUAUUCUGAACAAAUCUCAAUGGAUUAAUAGGAUUUUACUGAUGUGAACGAUCUCAAGAUCGAGUGGAGAUACUAGAAAUAAUGCUUUCCAUUGAUGUAGUACUCACUUAACUCCACAUGGUGGAGCACUUGUAGUUUUUCAACAGGCCUUGUUACCGCUAACACUUCCUAACUUGUUUUGAUAGAUAAGAAACGACAGUCUUUCAGAUAGUUUAAUAACGGUUGCUUAAAUGGAGGAGCUCAGGACUCUGAUGUCAGAAGGAUUUAUAAGAUAUCAAUUUGAUCUUACAUACUCAGAUGCCAUUGCUAUUGCUUUUGUAUACCUUCCGAGUGUCAUUGUGACUAACUGAUAUGGGUCAAACAUGUUCUCAGCUAGCUCCUGUAUCUGUCUAUAACACACCCAUGGCUGAGGGAACAAUAAAGCUCUGUUCUGGUUUCCGGUAGAUAAAUUGGUGCCGUGACGGAUCUGGGCGAGGCAAGGGGAGACGACCGUGAGAGGGUAGAGAACAGGUGGAGGCCGCAACUGUCGCAGGAGGAUCCUCAAUGCAUGAGCAAGGACAAACAAAUAAUGAUAAAAACAAAGAAAAAACUAACUUAAGGGUGCUAAAUUAUUAACGGAACGGUUGAAAUGCUAAUAUCUUAAAUUGAGUUGAUCAGGGAUUUGGGUCAUUGUCACUCAAUCCCCUGAAGGGUGUGUUAUAAAUGAGGUGCAUGACUGAAAUAUAACCACAUAUUGUUCUAGUUAUGUAACACAUUGUAUUAAUUCAGUUGUAAUACUGUAGCAUUUUAUUCUUUUAAUUUAUAACACUAUCAUAUUGAAUCAUAAGAGAAGAGGAAUUACUUUUUUAUAUAUGUGUUUUGCUGUAUUGAUACUUAAUAUGUUUACAUGUUACCAUCCUGAAUACUAAUACAGCGGGAUGUUUUGUAUGUAUGUGCCUAUGAUAUUACUUGUGAGAGUGCGAAGUAUUUUGCUGGAUUGCUCAAGACCAAAAGAUAAAAAAAGAAAUGAAUAUGUAGGAAAUAUAUUAGGAAUGAAAUUAUGCAAAGCA